GGCGCGUCGCCGUUGCUAGGGAGCGGAGCCGGAAGGGCUGUGCCGCGCCGCGCAACGGAGCCGCCGGCAGGGCGGUGGGAGCGGCCGGCGGGGACGGCUGGGCCUGGGGGGGCGCCGCCGCCAGGUUGAUUCUGCUUUAGGAUAAUGGCGGGAAAAGUGAAGUGGGUAACUGACAUAGAAAAAUCUGUUCUAAUAAACAACUUUGAAAAAAGAGGCUGGAUUCAGGUGGCAGAAAAUGAAGACUGGAAUUUUUAUUGGAUGAGCGUGCAAACGAUCAGAAAUGUUUUCAGUGUGGAAACUGGUUAUCGCCUCUCUGAUGACCAAAUUGUCAAUCAUUUCCCAAACCAUUAUGAACUGACCAGAAAAGAUUUGAUGGUAAAGAAUAUUAAGCGAUAUAGGAAAGAACUGGAGAAAGAAGGAAGUCCUCUCGCUGAAAAAGAUGAAAAUGGGAAAUAUAUUUAUUUGGAUUUUGUUCCUGUUACUUUUAUGCUUCCUGCUGAUUAUAAUCUCUUUGUUGAAGAAUUCAGAAAAAAUCCAUCCAGCACUUGGAUUAUGAAACCUUGUGGCAAAGCUCAAGGAAAAGGAAUAUUUCUGAUCAAUAAACUCUCCCAAAUUAAAAAAUGGUCUCGAGAUAGCAAAACAUCUUCGUUUGUAUCUCAGUCUUCCAAAGAAGCCUAUGUGAUUUCUCUGUAUAUCAACAAUCCAUUACUUAUUGGUGGGAAGAAAUUUGAUCUUCGUCUAUAUGUUUUAGUAUCUACGUAUCGUCCACUGAGAUGUUACAUGUAUAAACUCGGAUUUUGCCGGUUUUGCACAGUAAAAUAUACGCCAAGUACAAGUGAGUUGGAUAACAUGUUUGUACACCUUACAAAUGUUGCCAUUCAGAAACAUGGGGAUGAUUACAAUCAUAUCCAUGGAGGCAAGUGGACAGUGAGUAACUUACGCCUGUAUCUGGAGAGCACCCGUGGAAAGGAAGUCACAAACAAAUUAUUUGAUGAAAUUCACUGGAUUAUUGUACAGUCACUGAAGGCUGUUGCGCCUGUAAUGAAUAAUGAUAAACACUGCUUUGAGUGUUAUGGAUAUGACAUUAUCAUUGAUGACAAGCUUAAACCGUGGCUAAUUGAGGUUAAUGCUUCCCCUUCUCUUACUUCCAGUACUGCUAAUGAUCGCAUCUUGAAGUAUAAUCUUAUUAAUGACACACUUAACAUUGCUGUGCCUAAUGGGGAAAUUCCAGACUGUAAAUGGAAUAAAUCUCCACCAAAAGAGGUUCUUGGCAAUUAUGAAGUCUUAUAUGAUGAAGAGAUGGCACAAAGUGAUGGGCCUGAUCGUGACUUGCGAAGUCGUUCCGGGCAAUCCACUGGAGUGAAAGGAAAUCGUGCAAGAGAUUCAGGAAAGCCUGUACUAACCACCUGGAAGUGAUAACAGAAAAAAACCAGCUGCAGUCUUGGUAGGAAGACAUCAUGAACAAAAAUGCAGUUUUUGAGCAGUUUUUGAACAAUUCUGCUACAUUGCAUGUGGGAAGUAUUAAAAGAGGACAAUACAGCCUUUGAAAAGAAGGCUAAAACCAGGAACUGUACUAGACAUACACUGACUUGAUGGUUAUUACAACAAUAUAUAUAGUAACUAUGUAUAUAUAAUUAUUUUUUUAUAUAUAUAUACACUUUGUAUAAACCAGUAUUCUCUCAGUAAUGAUUAAGAACUUUCUUUAUAACAUGAUAACUGGAAAUAUGCACUCUGAAAGAAACCCCUUGCUGUUCUGGGUAUAAUUUAUUUCCUAUAGCAGCCUAUCCCUAGCUCCCUAUAAUAAAUGAGGUGUGGAUUCUGUAAAGGGUGGUAGUGGUGAGUGUUAAUAUUGUCACAAUGAUGGUUCAGAUUCUUGCUAGUAAAAGGAGAGAGCAACUAGAAAAAAUAGCAAUGCAUGGACUUGAGGCUAUUGUCAAUUAAUGCAGCUAAUGAGUUAUAACUGGUAUCAAGAAACUGAAAAGCAGCUCUUAAUAUAUUGAGGGUUUGGGGUUUUUUUAUUUUCUUUAAGCGUUUUGAGCCACUAACUCUCUAAAGGUAGAAAGUUUCAUGGACUGAGGGAGUGUUUCACAUGGUAUAUUGAUGCAUUGUUUCACUAGUCAUUAAUUCUUAUUUCAAGAUAAUGCAUGUCUGUGGAAAAACAGACAGAACAACUACAUACUGUAAUAAAUCUCAUUGCCUGAAGCUGAUGAUAAAUUCUUAUUUACACCAGGAUUGCUUGGUGUAUUUAUGCAUGUAUAUAAGUACAAUAUCUGUCUAUUUUUGUAUAUUUUGUGUGCACUAUAACAAAAAUAUUGUUGCACGUGGUAAGGUAUUUCUGGUAGCUCUGAUAACAAAAGUUGUGAUGAUUAGCUACCAAGAUGUAUAGAGCAAAAGUUAAAAUUAGGUAUUUCAGUCUUCUAACAACAUAACAUAUAAAUAAACUAGUUGGGUCUGUGAUUGCCUGUUGCUUCCACUUGCAUUUCCACCAGUUAUUGGGCAGUUAUUUAUAAAUGUCAAUGUGCAGUU